UUCUGACUGCAAGGCAAGAGCAGAGAACAGACUAAACGGGUCAGCAGAGGAAAAGCCUGCCCCGAAUUCAAAUAGAGCAGAAUCGAGACAUCUGCUGAGCUUUGGAGAGAGAGAAGAAACCUGUUGGAUUUACCACCGAGAUCGAACUUUUGUUUGAAUUUAUUGAAAUAGUUUUUUUUUUCAAUAAAUCAGAACUGCACAUAACUUUAAACAAGUUUUCCACUGGAUUUGAUCCUUUUUUAGAUUUAUAUGCGUCUGCGUAAUUUUGUGGACAGAUUUGUGGCUCAGAUGCUCGCGGUUUGUAACUUGUAGUGGAAAAUCUUUUAAAGGAUUUAAUUUAAGAGACUUUAUCAAUUUGUCUUUCCACUUGUCGGAUUUCACAGUUGCAUGAUGAAGUUUUUACAACUUUCCAUUGGUUUAAUCGCCACUCUGUGCGUCGGCGUGGCGCAUAGCGUGUGGGAGGAGAGCACCGUAGUGCCGGUCAGACUAGACCCGACGGCUCGGUCUGACAGCAAAACCGAACCGUGGCGGACUCUCUCUGCGGAGGAGAAAGAGAAGGAGGCGGAGAUGAGGGAGUACCGAUUGGACGUAUUUGGCAAGGAGCUGGUCUUGCAGCUAGAGCCCGACCAGACUUUCUUGGCGCCCGGUUUUGUCUUCCACAUCGUGGGGAGCCCUGAUACCGACCCGACACAGGAACCCAAGAGCGGAGCCGAGCCGGGUUGCUUCUUUUCUGGUACUGUUAACGGAGAGGAACACUCGGCCGCUGCACUUAACCUGUGCCACGGACUUCGGGGCGGAUUCUAUUUUCAGGGGGCAGAGUAUUUUAUUCAGCCCCAGAACUCGAUUAACUUCACGGGCACCGAGAAGGAUGUCCACGUGAUCCGCCGGAGAGAUCGGGCUGUUUUGGCAGAGGAGGGGAGCUCCAAGUGUGGGGUCAACGAGGACGAGGAGAAGGUGCCAAAGAAUCUGGAGAAAGAAGACCAGCACGGCGCCGCUAACGCAGACCAGACAGAACACCACAGAACCCGGCGCUUUGUUUCCACCCCUCGCUACAUGGAGAUCAUGCUAGUGGCCGACCAGUCCAUGGCUGAAUUCCAUGGCGCCGGGCUCAAGCCCUACCUUCUGACCAUCAUGGCGGUGGCGUCCCGCCUCUACCGCCACCCUAGCAUCCACAACUCCAUCAGCCUGGCGGUGGUGAAGCUGCUGGUGGUGUACGAGGAGGAGCGAGGCCCUCAGGUGUCUUCAAACGCUGCCAUGACCCUCCGCAACUUCUGCCAGUGGCAGCGGCAGCACAACCCACCCAGCGACCGCCAUCCUGAGCAUUAUGACACCGCUGUGCUCUUCACCAGGACGGACUUGUGCGGAGCCCACUCUUGCGACACUCUAGGAAUGGCAGAUGUUGGCACGGUGUGCGACCCGGAACGAAGCUGCUCAAUCAUCGAGGACGAUGGGCUUCAAGCGGCAUUCACCGUGGCACAUGAACUGGGCCACGUCUUCAACAUGCCUCACGACGACGCCCAGCUGUGCUCCGGAGUAAACGGGGCCCACUGGGGCUCCCACAUGAUGGCCUCUACCCUGUCCGACCUGGACCAGCAGCAGCCGUGGUCCCCCUGCUCCGCCCUCAUGAUCACCACCUUCCUGGACAACGGCCACGGCCAAUGCCUGCUGGACAAACCGGUCAAACCUCAGGCGCUCCCACAGCCGCUGCCCGGGACGGUGUACGACGCCGACCACCAGUGUCGGCUCACUUUCGGCGAUGACUCCCAGCACUGCACAGACCUGAGCACCGUGUGCGCGGCUCUGUGGUGCACCGUGACCACAUCUAACAAUUUGCUGGUGUGCCAAACGAAGAACUUCCCCUGGGCCGACGGAACAACAUGCGGGCACGACAGCUACUGCCUGGCCGGACACUGUCUCAGUAAGAGCCAAGCCGCCAAACACCAGACUCCUGUCAAUGGUGGCUGGGGAGUGUGGGGUCCCUGGGGCGACUGCUCUCGAACCUGCGGUGGAGGGGUGCAGUAUUCCUUUCGUUCCUGCGAAAACCCGUUGCCCAAAAACGGGGGCAAGUACUGCGAAGGCAAGAGGAUCCAGUACCGCUCAUGUAGCACGGACACCUGCCCCGAGACCAACGGCCUGUCAUUCCGCGAGGAACAGUGCCUGGCCCACAACGACAUGACAGCCCAAGUGUCACUGGGUUCAGGCGAAGGUGUUGAGUGGGUGCCCAAGUAUGCUGGAGUUUCACCCAAAGACCGCUGCAAGCUGGUGUGCCGGGCCAAGGGCACUGGGUACUUCUUUGUACUAAAAUCCAAGGUGGCUGACGGCACGCCCUGCAGCCCAGACUCCACCUCCGUCUGUGUUCAAGGCCAGUGUGUCAAGGCGGGAUGCGAUCGCGUCAUCGGCUCCAGCCGGCGCUUUGAUAAGUGCGCCGUGUGUGGAGGAGACGGAUCUACCUGCAAGAAAGUGUCUGGCUCUCUGGAGCGUGCCAGGCCCGGCUACCAGGACGUCGUCACCAUCCCUGCUGGUGCCACCCACCUGGACGUCAAGCAGCGCACCCCAGGCAAUGGUCGUCAGGACAAUAGCUACCUGGCGGUGCGCCGCCAGGACGGGACCUAUUUAUUGAAUGGCGAUUACAAGCUGAUGACCAUGGAGACCGACAUUGCCUUGCGAGGGGCCAUGUUGCGUUACAGCGGCUCCUCCGCCACCCUGGAGCGCAUCCGGAGCUUCGCCCCGCUCCCCGAGCCCAUCACCAUCCAGGUGCUGUCCGUUGGGGAAGCCCCGAGGCCCCGGGUUAAGUACAGCUAUUUCGCCCCGAGACCCAGCAAUGCCGCGUCCGUCUCCAACAACAAUGGAGGCCGCCGCCAUUCCAUCAAUGCCAUCCGUGAGGUGGGCGUAGCCGAGUGGACCCUGAGGGAGUGGGGUCUGUGCUCCCAGACCUGUGGCGGAGGUACGCAGCAGAGAGAGGUGGUUUGCCUGGAUCCCCAGGGACGCCUGUCCAGAGACUGCCCGGAGGAGCUGCGUCCCUUGGCCUCCCGGUCCUGCGCCACCCAGUCCUGUCCCUACUGGCUUCUCGGAGAAUGGUCAGCGUGCUCCAAGAACUGCGGCCGAGGAUUCCGCAAGCGCCAACUGCGCUGCAUCGGCCACGACGGGCGCACGCUGACCCACGAGAGCUGUGACCCUAAAGACCGGCCGAAACCCCUUCUGGAACUGUGCAACCAGACUGCCUGUUAAGGAGCCUCCUUUCAUACGCCCAGCUUUCAAAAAGACUACAGGUACAAACCUGACCGCCAUCGCCUCGCAAAAGAGGCGAGGAAAGAGUGUUUACAUCCGAAGCAAGAGUGGCUUUCAUGGGUUCCAGGUAGUCCAACAGUCCCACUGCGGGCCCACAACAACAACUGUGUCAAUUGAGGCCAAUUAGUAUCCAUUCCCCCCAUCCAGAUUGGGGCCAGACGUUGGUCCACAGGGGCCCUGCCUCCUAAUCGAAGCGAUAAAGAUCGAUUACAGCUCGCCGGCUGUCUGGCACCAGCGCAUCAGUGGCACAUUAUGCCUCCCUUUAGGGGGAAAGAGAGAAAGCAUGGGUAUUCCUGAUUUCCUAAAGGAGCAUGCUGCUUACCGUGCCAAUGUCACAUGUAUGUGUGUGUGUGUGUGUGUGCGUGCAUGAGUGAGUAUGAGACAGCGUGAGUAUGUGUGUGUGUGUGUGUGUCAUAUUAUUAAUUGCUUGUAUGUGAUGUUUGUCCAAGCUGGACUGGACAGACACAUAAGGGGUUGGGAUGGAGAAUGUCAUUGCAGAUUAUAUAUAGAAACAAAUGAAAGAGAUUAGCUCAUAUUCUACUUACUCUACCCAUCAGGUAUGGAAAAUAAGAUAAUAGUCAUAGUGUUUAUGUUCAAGACAGUUUAUUUAUCACAAGCCUGUAGCACUUCAUCUUUGUUUUUGCCAGCGGCACAUUGUAACAUCCAGUCAGCCAUAUCUUGCCCUUGUCUACACAGUCUUCAAUGAGGGAGCUCUUCAAAGACCAAAGAGGAGUGUGUGUGUGUGUGUGUGUGUGUGUGUGCGAUUGGGUGUGAAGACCUAAAGAGAGACUUGUCUCCUGCUACUACUUCAUAAGUAAGUCUCUCCUGCCUUCUGCGAAGGUACCUCGGUUUUCUUUCUAGUCUUUUCCUUUUGUACAGAAUAUCCAAACUAUUUAUUUUUGUACAGCCUGUUAAAUAUAAUCAUGUGGCUUUUUUAAUUUUAUUUUUUAUUCGUUAUUGAGAUCACAGAAGGGAGUAGAAUAUAUAGAGUAUUUAUAGUGUUUUUCAUAUAUAUAUAUAUAUGGUCCUAGGUUCAUGAAUAAAGUAUCACAUUGUCUUCUGAA